CUGAACACACCAGAGCCGGACUGUUGUCAAGAGAAGCGUUGCUGUAUAUUAAUGUACCAAACAGAAGAUAGCUUGUAAGUGAGGACACGUUUGGAUAUAUAUUCGUCGACAGAAAGAAGAUGCUGGGGUACAUCUGGACGUACAUCUACUCGUCCAUCCUGAGAUACUGGCUGAAGUGGUUCAUCCGACAGGCAACAAGGACAUGUGAGCUGCAGAGAAUAUGUUCUGGAUACAAGCCUGGGGCUACAAGGACAACAAAAGCAGAAUAUUCUCUGCGGUCAUCAAAGAACAAGGUUUUAAGAGGAGCUUUGGAAACCAACAAGGAUAAUUUAGAGCAAUGUGUGGAUCAAAUUAUGAAAGAGAAGAAUGUCAAACCCCAGAAAGAUCCACUCUUCAAGGAAAGCCUACACAUCUGUCUGUUACAAAUAACAGGAAGCAGCAGCCUGUAUAUCUCUGUGGAAGAUUUAAGAAAGGAAGUCUUCAACUCAGAAAACCAACAACACGAGGCCCUGCUGUUGAAGCUGUGGGACCUGUUGAUGCCAGCAGUCAAACUGGAUUCCAGGAUAACCAAACAGUGGGGAGACAUUGGGUUCCAAGGAGAUGACCCCAAGACUGACUUCAGAGGAAUGGGAAUGCUGGGCUUAAUCAACCUUGUUUUUUUCAGUGAAAACUACACGGAGGAGGCUCGUCAGGUGUUGUCUCAUGCAAACCAUCCUAAACUAGGGUAUUCAUAUGCCAUCGUUGGGAUCAACUUGACAGAGAUGGCCUACAGUCUCCUGAAGAGUGGUGCUUUGAAACCCCAUUUCUACAACACAGUACUGGGCACACCUGAGCUCCGACACUUUCAUCAGCUAUACUGUUAUCUGGCGUAUGAAUUUGAUAAGUUCUGGGUGGCAGAAGAACCAGAAAGCAUCAUGGAGUUCAAUCACUACAGAGAAAAAUUCCAUAACAUAGUCAAGACGCAUCUACAGGACCCUGACGUUACCCUCACACUGACUAUCUGUUCUAAAAACUAACAUUAUUCAGAGAUACCUCUCCAUGGCCCCUGAUGUUGUUUGAUUGAGUAGAGAAAGGCAAUGAUGCGAUGCUGAACAUUAUAAACAUAAAAAUCUGACCGAAGCCGUUUGGUCAGUCAUGAAUUCAAACAAAUGAAUCCUCGUAUAUUUGGUAUUGUUUUCCAUUGUUCACACUCUGUUCAUCUUGUUACUGUGAGAGUAAAGGGUUUCAAAAUAGAGCACAAAUCUACGCUCUGUACCUCAAAAAUGACCAUUCCAGUGUUUGUUUAACCUUUGUGAAGGAGACAUGAGAGCUGCUGUAGAGAUAACAGGUCUGUCUUUUGUGAGGAUUUAAUCACUUUCAGUGAGCAAGCCGCCAAUUUGUUGGUUAUAAGACGGUUAUUGAAAAGUGGCGAUUAACUACCAUAUUUGUAGCUGUCUUGAUUGUAUUUAUGUAAGCAAGACUUGUGUGUUGUGACACUUGUUCCGCUCAGGAAUAUAAUUAUGUCCAGCGAUCACGGCUACAUUUGUGCAUGUUUUAAUAUGUCCCCGUGGAUGGCAUCUGUAUCCUGUAAUAUAGGUGAUGUGGAACUCAAACUGGUUGUUUGCCUCCAUUUUCAUAAAUUUGUAUGUCUGAAGACUGCAUUUUUAUUCUGUGUUUGGCUUUUGAGUAAAGUAUGUAAUGACUAACACUUCUGACUCAAAGGUAAUAAAUACACAUUUUAAUGUUUU